AUGUCAGGGGUUCUUAAUCCUGAGCCUAUAACUAAUCAGUCUGGCCCCACUGAGUCUGUGUUCUGGUUGCUCACCACUUCCCCCAAGAUCCAGGCCCUCCUCUUCUGCUUCUUCCUCCUCCUUUACAUGAUGAUCCUCUGCAGUAACACUGCCAUCAUCUGGGCCACCUACACCCACACCUCACUACAUGCACCAAUGUACUUCUUCCUGUCCAGCUUGUCCUUUGUGGAGAUCUGCUACACUACGUUGGUACCACCGAUGCUCUCCAACAUCACUGGGGCUAGGAAACCCAUCCCAUUGGCUGGUUGUGCUACCCAGAUGUUCUUUUCCACCCGGGCCAGCACUGACUGUUUCCUACUGGCUGUCAUGGCAUAUGACUGUUAUGUGGCCAUCUGCCAUCCCCUGCAAUACACUCUCAUCAUGACCCCACAGCUGUGUACCCAAAUGCUGACUGGUUCCCUAGGCUUGGCUCUCUUCCUUUCACUGCCACUCACAUUAUUGGUCUUUACCUUGCCCUUCUGUGGACAUUUAUUGGAGAUCAACCAUUUCUUCUGUGAGGUACCACCUGUACUCCACCUGGCCUGUGCUGACACUCAUGUGCUACGGGUCGUCCUCUAUGUGAUAAGCAUGAUUGUAUUGACUGCACCCUUCCUUCUCAUCUGCAUCUCCUAUGUCUUCAUUACUAUCACCAUCUUGCGCAUCCCCUCAGCUGAGGGGUGCCAGCGAGCCUUCUCCACCUGCUCUUCUCAUCUCACUGUGGUCCUGCUACAAUAUGGCUGCAGCAGCCUGGCCUACUUUAGGCCCCCAUCAACCACCGAUGCAGAUGAGGACUGGCAUCUUGCCUUAGUCUACACUUUUGUCACUCCCCUCCUCAACCCCAUCAUUUAUAUGUUAAGGAACAUGGAUGUCAAAAAUGCUUUGAAAAAAGCCGUAAGCAAAAAGGCUGCUUCUGGGAAUCUGUGA